CGCAUUGUCCGUGAAACAUCCUGUACACGAUCAGCCCCAAAAAUAAGCGCUAAAUCCAGCACGCAUGCCUCAGGGCGACAACCGAAAAUUUGUAUUUUGACAGUGACAGUAGAACAAGAUGGCGAUGCCGCGGGUGCUGUGUCGUGUUCGUCUCCUCAUCAACAACGACUUUUCAGUGAUUUCAAAAUAUUCCUCGGUCGCAAAUAGUGUUUCAAUAAAUAAAUGUGCACAGUUCCGACACUCAGUACGCCACUUUAGGACAAAUUUUCCCGCGGGUUUAGUGUUAAAUUCAAAACACAAUCAAGACGACCGCAGUAGCGCUUCCACAUCGUCCGACAGUGACUCGACAGACACCGAAGACGAUGACGUAACGAUAGAGUACAUCCGGGGCCUCCCCCAGGUCACCGUGCCGCUCCCCAGCCGGCGGGAACGAUGUAGAUUCACGCUAAAACCCAUCUCGAAUACAGUCGGCGACUUUAUCGACAUGCUGAAGAAAGAAGAUAAGGGUAUCGAUAGGGUAGUUUGUAAGGCGACUGACGGCACUCGGAUAGCGUCUUCCACUAGCAUCGAAACCCUGUUGCAGGAAGAUUUCAAGCUGCUAAUCAACGACAACGCCUACAACGUCGACUCGCCCAAGCAGGAGCGGUUGACCACCGAAGAAGUACAAAGAUUAGACGACGUAAAGAAGCUGAUUUCGCAGCUUUACGAGUCCAUGAACGUAAAGGAGCACCAGAUCCAGAAGGAAGUCGAGUUGACCACGCAGCUGGAGACCCUCCAGCAGGAAAUUAUGCCCUUGGAGGAGCAGAAGAUGUUGGAGCUCGAGCAGGUGGCCAACCGCCGCAGCAACUGGAUGGCUUGGGCCGGCCUGGGGUUGAUGUCGGUGCAGUUCGGGAUCCUGGCUAGGCUCACGUGGUGGGAGUACUCCUGGGAUAUUAUGGAGCCCGUUACUUAUUUCGUCACGUACGGCACUGCCAUGGCCGCCUACGCCUACUUCGUACUUACGCGGGAGGAGUACAUACUCAACGACGUCAGGGACAGACAGCACCUGCUACUCCUCCACAAAAGAGCCAAAAAGACUGGUUUUGACGUUAAUCAAUAUAACGUUCUCAAAGACCAAAUAGCUAAAUUAGAAUUAGAUUUAAGGAGGUUGAGGGAUCCCCUCAAGUUGAAGUUACCGCCUAAGCCCAAACAGGAGCAGAAGGAAACGAAGGAGGAGACGACAACGAAGGAAUGAUGGACCGUGUGGAGGUCGCGUCAGGGUUAUUUUUCUAAUUUAUUGAAUCUAGAAGUAUAGAGUGAUGCCAAUACAGUAUAGGAUGUUGGGACGGCAGUGGACUGUUACGAAGCUCAAUUUUUGUUAUUUAUUAUUGUACUAAGGACUAAAUGCAUGUUGUUCGGCUGUAUAUAUGUACAUUUUGUUGUUUAGUCGAGCGCGGGGGCGCCACGAAACAAGAAUUUUACGUAGCCUACGUA